CCGCCGAAAAGCCAGCCCGGAUCGCUGACUGGCUCCCCUUCUCCGCUCCCUAAUUGAAACCAAAUGUGCAAGAUGUAGGAUUGUGGGACUUCUGGCGGGCUCCCAGGAAUCCGCAGAAUUCGAGCGAGCUCCCAGAGGCAUCUUGCAUCAGCCCGGGGAAGUUCGCUCCUCGCCUGGCUCYCCCGGCCCGGGCGAGGGGCGAGGAGCCCGCCCGCCCUGCGCCGCAGCCCCGCUCCCCUCCGGAUACGACAUGGGGGCCACCCCCGGACCGGCCCUCCUGUCGCUGCUGCCGCUGCUGCUGCUGCACAUCCCCCAGGCUGCCAGAGCYCAGGUCAACCCCGCCGUGUGUCGGUAUCCCUUGGGAAUGUCGGGAGGGCACAUCCCUGAUGAGGACAUCUCAGCCUCCAGCCAAUGGUCUGACUCCACAGCUGCCAAGCACGGACGGCUGGACUCGGAGGAGGGCGAUGGAGCCUGGUGCCCCAAGACUGCUGUGGAGCCCAACGACCUGAAGGAGUUCCUGCAGAUUGAUCUGCACGCCCUGCAUUUCAUCACGCUGGUGGGCACCCAGGGGCGCCACGGCAAGGGCCAYGGCAACGAGUUCGCCCCCAUGUACAAAAUCAGCUACAGCCGGGACGGCACACGCUGGAUCUCCUGGAGAAACCGGCAGGGCAAGCAGGUGCUGGACGGGAACACCAACACCUAUGACAUCGUCCUCAAGGACCUGGAGCCGCCCCUGAUCGCCCGCUUUGUCCGCUUCAUCCCUGUCACUGACCACUCCAUGAGUGUCUGCCUGCGCGUGGAGCUGUAUGGCUGUGUCUGGCUGGAUGGGCUGGUGUCCUACAACGCGCCMGUGGGGCAGCAGCUCGUCCUUCCUGGGGGCACCGUCAUCUACCUGAAUGACUCGGUGUACGACGGCGCCUUCGGGUACAGCAUGACAGAGGGCCUGGGCCAGCUGACGGAUGGGGUGUCGGGGCUGGACGACUUCACGCAGACCCACGAGUACCACGUCUGGCCGGGCUACGACUACGUGGGCUGGCGCAACGAGAGCACGGCCGGCGGCUUCGUGGAGAUCACCUUCGAGUUCGACCGCAUCCGCAACUUCACAGCUAUGAAGGUGCACUGCAACAACAUGUUCGCCAAAGGGGUGAAGAUCUUCAAGGAGGUGCAGUGCUACUUCCGCGCCGACGCUGGUGAGUGGGAGCCCGGCGCCGUCUCCUCGGUGCUGGUGCUGGAUGACGUGAACCCCAGCGCCCGCUUCGUCACCGUGCCCCUGCUGCACCGCAUGGCCAGCGCCAUCAAGUGCCAGUACUACUUUGCCGACAGCUGGAUGAUGUUCAGYGAGAUCACCUUCCAGUCAGAUGCAGCCAUGUACAAUAACUCGGUGCCCCCYGCCGAGGCACCUGUGGUCCCCACCACCUAUGACCCCACGCUCAAGGUAGAUGACAGCAACACGCGCAUCCUGAUCGGGUGCCUGGUGGCCAUCAUCUUCAUCCUGCUGGCCAUCAUUGUCAUCAUCCUGUGGCGGCAGUUCUGGCAGAAGAUGCUGGAGAAGGCGUCACGGCGAAUGCUGGAUGAUGAGAUGACCGUGAGCCUCUCCCUGCCCAGCGAGUCCAGCAUGUUCAACCACAACCGCUCCUCCUCCUCCAGCGAGCAGGAGUCCAACUCCACCUAUGACCGCAUCUUCCCCCUGGGGCCUGACUACCAGGAGCCCUCGCGCCUGAUCCGCAAGCUGCCCGAGUUCACCUCRGGGGAGGAGGACACGGGCUGCAGCGGCCCAGCAAAGCCAUCCCAGGCCAGCGUCCCCGAGGGCGUCCCGCACUACGCCGAGGCGGACAUUGUGAACCUGCAGGGUGUSACAGGCGGCAACACCUACUCAGUGCCAGCCCUCACCAUGGACCUGCUCUCUGGAAAGGAUGUGGCUGUCGAGGAAUUCCCCAGGAAGCUGCUGACCUUCAARGAGAAGCUGGGGGAAGGCCAGUUUGGGGAGGUCCACCUCUGUGAAGUGGAGGGGAUGGAGAAGUUCACAGGGAAGGACUUUGCCCURGAGGGCUUGGAUGGUUGCUCUGAUGGCCCCGUGCUGGUGGCCGUGAAGAUGCUGCGGGCGGAUGCCAACAAGAACGCCAGGAAUGAUUUUCUGAAGGAAAUCAAGAUCAUGUCRCGGCUGAAGGACCCCAACAUCAUCCGGCUGCUGGCGGUGUGCAUCACAGAUGACCCCCUGUGCAUGAUCACCGAGUACAUGGAGAACGGGGACCUCAACCAGUUCCUGUCCCGCCAGCAGGCAGGCGGCCCUGCUGCUGGCCAMGCACCCAGCAUCAGUGACCUGCGGUUCAUGGCCACCCAGAUUGCCUCAGGCAUGAAGUACCUCUCAUCCCUCAACUUCGUGCACCGGGACCUGGCCACGCGUAACUGCCUGGUGGGGAAGCACUACACCAUCAAGAUCGCUGACUUUGGGAUGAGCAGGAACCUCUACAGCGGUGACUACUACCGCAUCCAGGGCCGGGCGGUGCUCCCCAUCCGAUGGAUGUCCUGGGAGAGCAUCCUGCUGGGCAAGUUCACAACGGCCAGCGACGUGUGGGCAUUCGGCGUGACGCUGUGGGAGACCUUCACGCUCUGCCRGGAGCAGCCCUACUCCCAGAUGUCCGAUGAGCAGGUCAUCGAAAACACCGGCGAGUUCUUCCGGGACCAGGGCCGGCAGACCUACCUUCCCCAGCCUGCGCUAUGCCCCGACUCAGUCUAUAAGCUAAUGCUCAGCUGCUGGAGACGGGACACUAAAGAUCGUCCCUCCUUCCAGGACAUCCACCGCCUUCUCCAGGAGUCGGCCAGUGAAGACUGACCCUUGGCUCCCGCCCAGCCUGAUCCCCAUCCUUCCCUGUCCCCAGAGGAGCCCCGUACGCAAGCGGAAGCCACUUCACUCGGACUUAGCCAUAAAUGCUGAGCAGCUGCUCUUGUUCUCAUUGUACAGCCAGGCCUCAGAGAGCCACAGGGACAGCACAGAGCCAUGGCAUGGGACAACGCAGAGCUCCUGCUUCCUUGUGGCCCAGAGCCCAGCAGCAGCACGGGCUCAGACCAGGGGUAUCUGUUGGCACAGCAUGUUCUUGGUGAUGAGGACCAGGACAGAGUGGCUUCUCUCCCCCGGCUGGAGCGGAGGAACUUCAGCUGGACUGUCUCCAUGAGGAAGCUCAGCCCACAGGCAGGGCAGGUGUCCAGGGAAGGGACAUGUGCGGGUGUGUGCCCGCUGGAACAGGGAUAGACCAGCAGCCACCACUGCUUGAGGAGGAGCAGGGAGCUGCCACAGGGUCGCAGGGGGCUGUGCAAUUACAGGGUGAAAAMAGAGACUCCACGGACAUUUGGGGCUUUGGACAUGCCACAUGGAGGGGCAGGAAGYGCCCUCCCUGCCAGCCGGCCUCCAGCUGUACAGGGAAAAGACUGAGGAGACUCCUGGCACCUCACCCCACUGCAGGAGUGGGCAGCCGGGGAGGAGAGGGCAUCCUGAUGAGAGGUGUGCCGAGGGGACAUUCCCUCACUCACUACAGACACUCCAGGGCCACCCAAAAAAUGCAUUUUGGAUGCCGCACAGGUGCUGGCAGCAGGAUGCGAACACCUUUCACUUCCAUAGGGAAAUCUCCAGGUCCUCCUCCCCAAGGGUUAGCCCAUGAGAGGAAUGCCCAUGGCAGAGUGCCACUGGCUGCUGCCCGAUGCCCACGGGCAUGGAGCAGGGCCCUCCAGCUCCCCCCAGSUCUCAGUCUGGGAUCACAGUCCAGAUGAAGCACCUGGGCUGGGCUCUGCCACCCUGAGCAUCCCCCAGCAUUCUGCCACCAGUCCAUCCUCCCGGACCUGGCAGCAUCGUGAGCAAGCUGGGCAGUGCCAAAGCCACGUGCCGCCAGGAGCCCUGGCAGGUCACCCACCGUGCCCCAAAAUCAGACCCUCCUGCAACUGAACAGGAGGAACUUUGGACUUGGAGGGCACAUGGAGCCCUCCACACUUUUGUACUCAUUAGUUGAGCACCCUCAGCCAUGCGUGGCACGGUUCCCAGUAUCCCCUUGCUAAGGCAUGUAUAUAUUCUGUAGAUGCACCUGUAUGUAGGGGCAAAGCCGCUGAAGAGACUCUUGGGAUGUCAAUCUGGUUGCGUGGUUUCCUUGUGGCAUCCCGAAGACUGCUCUGCUUGCCAUCCCCAUGGGCACCCCCAGGCUGGGGGGCACCGGGGCUGCUGUGUGUGCCUGGGAUGUGGUGUGGGAUCACAGGUAUCAGCCUAAGAGUUGGAGCAAGGAUGAUCAGGAGCCCRGCUGGGUGACCCACACUAGCUGUCCAUGCCGGUG